AUGGCUCGCAGACUCUGCUUCUCCUACUGGCUGUUGGCCUGCUGGGUGGUGGUAACUGUGGCAGAAGGACAAGAAGAGGGAGCCACCCCUCCUGGAGGCUCACAAGAUAAUGGAGGUCCUACAGACUGCCAGAUCUUUACACUCACCCCUCCACCCCCUAGGAGGAAUCCGGUGACAAGGAUCCAGCUCGUCACAAGGACCCCUAAAUAUUUUCCCAGGGGAAGACUCUGGAGAGGAAGCUCAUCUGAGGAAAGCAGAUAG